GGCAAAGUUUCAGUCCAAGAAGCUGAUCUAAGUCACUUUUAAACUUUGAUGUGUUAUAAUGUCUGAGGGGUGUGCCGAUACAGAUGCCUCUGGGACCGAUCCAGCUGUGGUCCUCUUUGUCUUCCUGAUCCUCCUGGUCAUUCUGCUAAUCUGCUCCUACAAGUACCUUAACCGCGAAACCGAUGGACGCUACACCAUUCGCCGGCUCGUUUACCAACCGGGUGGUGUACGUGACCGUCUGCGAGACGGGGUCAGGGUCGUGGAGACGCGUUUUGGGGUGCACUUGUGGCCAGAACCAAGGGAAGACGAAGAGGCCAUGGGCCAAGGUGAAGGCCAGGGAGGAGAGGAGGAGGAUGAAGAGAAGGCAUGUGGCGGAGCUGGAAGCGAUGCAGAAGAGCAGGAGGAUGGGGCUGGAAAGGAGGAGGACAGGGAAAAGGGAGAUGAUUCUUCAGAUGACUAUUCCAGCAUAGACCUGAGAGAGAGAGCCAAGCUCAAAAAUGAAGAUAAAAAGGAAGCAGAGGGAUCAGAUGAGCAGAAACAGGAGGAGCAGAGGGCUGAAGAAGGGGAGAAAAGUGAGGAGAGAGUAGGUUUGCUCAUAGACUUUAAACCAUUAUCAGGAAGUGCACUCUGGUCUGGAGAGAAAAAAGAUGAUGAAGAGAGUGCUGACCUCACGGCACUGUGAAUGGCUACAGA